CAAGAUUUCAGGUUCGAGCUUCGGGUAUGGAAAAAAUCACAGUUGGAAGGGAUACUGUCCUUUAAAAUACUUAUGCAAACUCUCGCAGAAAAUUAAUCCACUCACUGAAUGCUGUGGGAAACUCCUCAAACCAGAAAUUCCAAAUCUUGUUAGAACGUUCACCUUUGAACUCCUCAAAAUAUAAACCACCAAAAAAACACCACCAGUGAGUCACUGACCACCCAUAUAAUAAACUCUAUCCCUCCUUCCAUGGCCACCAAUCUUAUACAACCACCACUCCCAGCUUCUCACUCUCAUUAUCCACAAUUAUCCAAAAUAAAAAACCCAUUAACCUCAUUCUCAUUAUUAACUCAAAAACCCAACUCUUCAAGAUUUAAUCACUACCCAUUUUCUGGGUUUAGACUCAAAAUUGCUGCUGUUAUUGAAGAACAGAGCUCAGAUUUACAUGAGCGUGAUAAUGACACUAUUACCCUCACUAAAGCUAGCAUUUACCAAGCUAUAGAAGGUAUCAAUAGAGGUGUUUUUGGGAUUACUUCUGAAAAGAAAAGAGAGAUUGAGGAUUUAGUGAUGGAACUUGAAGCAAAUAACCCAACAUCCAAUCCAUUACUAAGUUUGGAUAAGGUUAGUGGAUGCUGGAAGCUUAUAUAUAGUACAAUUACUAUAUUAGGUUCAAAGAGAACUAAGCUUGGACUAAGAGAUUUUGUCAAUUUAGGGGACUUUUUACAAAUCAUUGAUAUUGCUGAGGGCAAAGCAGUUAACAUAAUCAACUUCAGUGCAAGAGGAUUGAACCUGUUUGGUCAGUUGAGAAUCCAGUCUUCUUUCAGUAUUGCAUCGCCAUCGAGAGUAAACAUCAAGUACGACAGUUCGCAGAUCACCCCGGAGCAGUUGAUGAAUCUGUUCGCAAAAAAUUAUGGACUUCUACUCAACAUUUUCAAUCCAGAAGGCUGGCUGGAGAUCACAUUUAUAGACGACACGAUGAAAGUAGGAAGAGAUGACAAAGGCAACAUCUUCAUACUAGAAAGAACAACAGAUAGUGAUGAGUUGUAGUUAGGUCUUCUCAAGAUGGCCUUAUUCUUUCAUCUACUUGAAGAUUACACAAGGGGCAAUGUAAACCAUUGAGAUAAUGUAAAAGUAUACAGGAAUAAUCUUCAUUUCUUCAUGUACAUGUCAUUUUGCGAAAUGUAAUUUUCGACGCUCAUUAAUAAUAUACACCACAGAUUCCGUUUCA